AUGCAAUUUGCUAGAGUGUUAGUUGAAAUUGAAAUCUCUGAGGCUCUCCCUAAAUCUAUUCAGUUCCUCAAUGAGAAAGGGAAACUUAUGGAACAACUUCUGGAGUUUGAAUGGCUCCCAACUCAGUGCAGAGGGUGCAAGGUGUUUGGUCAUACAAAAAGUAUGUGUAAUAGGAAGCCUUCUGAGAUUUGGAGGCAGAAAGGUCAUAUUGGAAUAGUUGAGUCUAAACAAGGUGAUGUGGAACAGCUGCCAGCUUCAAAAGAAAAGUGUGCUACUAGUGGAGGAAAGGUUGCUGAUACGAAGGAUUUAGCUAAUAAGGGGUUAGCUGCAGGUCAGGGGAUAUCUCAGCCUCAGGUUCAAUUAAAGAAUUCAGAUCAAAUAGAUGAUGCAUCAGAUAGGAAUGUUAAUGCAACGGACAGGUUGGAAUGGAGUACUCCUAAAAGGGGAGGUGGUCAUAGGAAGGUAAAUAGGAAGAUACAGAGCAAUAUGAGAAAUUCAUAUGGUGCUUUGCAAGAUAAGAUUGGUCUUGGAGCUUUUUUGGAGACCAAACUUUAUGGUGAUAAAAUUGGGAAAAUGAUGAGUACUUAUUUUAAAGGGUGGAAUUACUACUCGGGUACUAAUUCAGAGGGUCGUAUUCUGGUUUUGUGGCAGCCUCAGGUGGUGACUGUUGAGAUUCUGAUGGAUAGUGACCAGUUUGUUCACAUAUGUGUUAAAGGGAUUAAUUCUAGUAAAGUGUUCUGUGUUACUUUUGUUUAUGGUAGGAAUACCACUGAGGGUAGAAUUCCUCUUUGGAGUGAUCUUGCUGGGUUAAAUUUCACUGUAAAACCUUGGGUUGUGGUAGUUGAUUUCAAUGCUGUUUUUGAGGGUACUGAUAGAGUGGGUGGUCGUAUUAUCUCUGCUGUUGAGUUGGAGGAUGCUCGAAAUUGGAGGGCUUUGGGGUUAGUUGAUGAGUUGCGUUCCACAGGGUCUCAUUUUACUUGGACUAACAAUCAAGAGAAUGAUAAUAGAAUCUACUCUAAACUGGAUAGAGUGUUUAAAAAUGAAGAAUUGUUGGAUUUGUUCCCUCAAGCUGAAGCUUUGUUUAACUGGGACCUUCUAUCUGAUCACUGCUAUUGCAUUAUCAAAAUGGGAGCUACUGUUAACAGUGGUCUUAAGCCUUUUAGAUUUUUUAAUAUGUGGACUGAGCACAUGAGAUUUAAGGACACUGUUUUACAGAGCUGGAAUAAACCUAUUAAAGGAAAAGGGUUGGUGCGUAUUGUUAGAAAGUUGAGUAGACUUAAGGUUGUUUUUUGCAAGUUUAACAAGCAUGUUGUGGGUGAUGUGGCUCAGCAUUAA